AUGCAACAAGUUUCGCCAGCUAUUAUUCAAACACGUUAUCCGCCACCUUAUCAUCAAUAUCCAACAAUAUCAGUAGGAAGUCCUCAAUCAUUAAAAUCAAUUGAUACGACAGUAUUUGGACCAAGUGUUCCACCAUUAAAAAAUUCAAAAUUAUCAAGUCAUAAUGCUAAUACUACUACACAUAGUAGUAACAAUAAUACGAAUAGUUUCAUACCAGAAGUUGAUUUACGUCGUUUAAUAUUAUUUAAUUUACCUGCUGAUCUUGUUCAAGAAUAUCUCGAACUUUAUUUAGAACAUUUAUCUGGUGAAACUGAAAUUGAACGAAUUGAUUAUUCAAAUCUUGAAGAUACGACAGUUAUGGUGACCUUCAAAACUGAACUUGAUAUGAAUGAAGUUCGUCGCCGUCAUGGUACUCGAUCAAAAUUAAACAAUAGUGAAAUAACAUUAGCUGAAGUUAUAGCACCAGCAACAGUGAUGAUAAGAAAUUUACCAUCGGAUAUAUCACGUGAUGUUCUUGAAUUAUAUUUUUCAAAUCGACGUCGUAGUGAUGGUGGACAAGUUGUUGAUGUUACACUUGAUAAAGAACAUCAACAUGCACUUGUUACAUUUGCUGACUAUAAAGAUGUACGACGAGUUAUAAAACGUGAACAUUUAAUACAUAAUAAUCGUCUUGAUGUACGAAUAUUUUAUGCACAUAUGGGUGUUGAACCAUUUAUUGAUGCAUCAAAUGUUGGAAAAAAACCUGAUCCAAUAUGUUAUCGUGGAUCGGAUGAUAGUCGUUAUGCAUUCUUAUUAAAAAAUCGUCCAUUACUUGAUGAACUACGUGAUCAAUUAAAAACAAUUAAUGGUCAUAUUAAUUUACAAAAUGAAGGUGUUAUUGAAAUAAAUUUUACUGAUUUACGUUUAACAGUUAAACGUCGUUUAAAAUGGGCAAAAGAUAUUGAAAAAUUAGUUGAACAUUUUCUAACUGAACGUCUUGUUGUUCAUAAAGUACCAUGGAAUAAUAAUAAAAUACCACAAAUUACAUCGGAACAACUUGCUGAACUUUCAUUUAAAGAUAAUACACGUUUAAUGCAAUUAGCACCAUCUGGUACACAACAAGAUCAUAUUAUUGUAACAGCUAUAAAAGAACAUUUAGAUCGUGCAUUAAGUGAACUUACUGAUAUGCUUACAACUCGUACAACAACAAAUAAAAAUCAUAUACCUCUAACUGAUGCUGUUUAUCGUAGUAAACCAGUAAGUGCAACACGUGAUCCAAAAGUAAAUAAUCAUCGAUCAUCAUUACUUAUUCGAUCAGCAUCACCAGCCAAACAAAAUUUCAAUAAUAUUGAAUUACCACCACCACCUGCACAUGUACCACCAUCAGUUGCAAUUAUUGAUGAUAGUCUUGAGAAUUUACGUUUAUUUCAACUUGAUCUACUUGCAAUGCGUUUUAUUGAAUUAGCUCGACGUACUUAUGUUAAUUUAACGAUUGAUAUUGAUCGAACAGAACGACGUAUUGUUUUACGUGGUCCACUUGAUCAAGUAAAUGUUUGUAAAACAUAUUUUGAAUCAAUACUCAAUGGAAUUGUUCAUAAACAUUAUAGAAUAGGAAAAGAAAUGGCUGUUUUCCUAUCAAAUCCUGAUACAGUUGAAAUAGUUGUUGAUAAUUUAACACGUGCUGAUUUUGUAUGUGCCUAUGAAAUUGAACGUACAGCUGAUCAUCAUCGACGUAGUUCAGCUUCGCCAACACCAACAAUGAAUGGUCAUGGUCUUUUAGCAAACAAUAAUCAUCUUAAACUUGUUUUAUAUGGUUUAUCACGUGAAGGUUGUGAUCGUGUAUAUGAAUUUCUUCGUCAAGAUAUACGUGUUAGUUCAAUAAUGUUAGAUAAAGAUGAUAAACGUUGUUUAGCAAGUGACUCUUGGCAUUCAUAUGUACGUGAUCUUUAUGCUAAUCCAAAUGGUUUUCGUCGACGACGUGUUUUAUUACAAGUUAAACAAAAUCAAUUAACAUUUGUUGGUUUUGGACAAGAUGUUGACGCUAUGCGAAAGCAAAUCUAUGAUUAUUUUGUUGAAAAUGCUAUAUCAUUUUAUGAAUCAGACUGA